GGUAGAUCUCCGGGGAGCCGUCUGCCGUGCCGUUUUUCUUCUUUCUCUGCAGAUCUGUGGUAGCUCUGAUGCUGUCCCGAGCUCCUCCUUUGCUGCUUCUGGUGGAAUUGGAUCUUCAGGAAGCAGGAUCUGGGUCCAUUCAACCUUGCUUAGAGGAUGUUGAUGCAGUUUUGCUUGAGUUGCCUGUCAAAAACCAGUCACUAUACUUGAUGUCAACUUCUAGCACAAGUGUUUCACAAUGUCAACAUCAGAAGUGAGAAAUUUACCAACCAGGCACUGGCCUAGUGGUUUAUUCCAUCUUCAUCUUUAAGCCUUGUGGAGGUGGUGUCCAGGUACCUGACUCAGGUGAUUCUUAUGGUGGGGAAUAUCCCUUUUAUUAUCCUGAAAAGAAUAAAAAGUAGAUGAGUGCUGUUUAGUUGUUUAACAGUGUCAUUAUGCUUGACGAGCACUUCAAUGGGCCGAUUUCUGAUGCAAUUUCAGAGGCUACUAUUCAUCAUAAUUGUGCUAUUUAUGACGAAUAUGAGCAAUGCAAUAAGUUCAGAUGGUGAAGUGCUGCUUAGCAUCAAAACAGCAAUUAUUGGUUCAGAUGGUAUUUUCCUCAAUUGGAGACAAGAAGAUCCAGAUCCUUGUAACUGGAAGGGUGUAACAUGUGACACUAGUAAUAAGAGAAUUAUUUAUCUGAGACUUGCCUAUCACAAGUUGAUUGGUUCAAUAUCACCAGAAAUAGGGAAGCUAAACUACUUAAAGCUGUUAGCUCUACAUGGCAACAGUUUAUAUGGAGUCAUACCUCCAGAACUAGGAAAUUGCACAGAGUUACAAUAUUUAUAUUUGCACGGUAACUACUUGAGUGGAUUUGUUCCUUCAGAGUUAGGCAAUCUUUUAAUGUUGCAUAUAUUGGACAUCUCUAGCAACACUUUGAGUGGAAUUAUUCCUCAAUCUCUUGACAAACUUACAAAAUUAUCAACAUUCAAUGUGUCUAUGAACUUCCUGACUGGAAGAAUACCAUCUGACGGUGCAUUCUUCAAGUUUAACGAAACCUCUUUUGUUGGUAACCGUGGAUUAUGCGGGAAGCAAAUUGAUGUUGUCUGCAAGGAUGAGAUUCCAUCACCUUCAGGAGAUUCUCAACCAAUUUAUGCAGGUCCAGUAAAACAGCCAGCAAAGAAUUCGACUAAGCUUGUUACAAGUGCAGUAGUAACAGUGGGAGCUUUGUUGUUAGUGGCACUAAUGUGUUUCUGGGGCUGUUUCCUUUAUAAGAAAUUUGGUAAAAGUGAUGUCAGUGGUCCAGCAAUGGAUGUCAGUGGAGGUGCAUCCAUAGUAAUGUUUCAUGGGGACUUGCCCUACUCAUCGAAAGAUAUUCUCCGAAAGCUGGAGACCUUAAAUGAGGAAAACAUCAUUGGUUCUGGGGGCUUUGGAACUGUGUACAAGCUUUCCAUGGAUGAUGGCAAUACUUUUGCAUUGAAAAGAAUAAUGAAGACAAAUGAAGUCCUGGACCGAUUUUUUGAUACAGAACUAGAGAUCUUAGGGAGCAUUAAACAUCGUUAUUUAGUCAAUCUCCGAGGAUACUGCAAUUCCCCUUUAUCUAAGUUGUUAAUCUAUGAUUUUUUACCUGGUGGAAGCUUGGAUGACUUUUUACAUGAAAGAUCAGAACAACUGGACUGGGAUGCACGCCUUAAUAUAAUCGUGGGGGCUGCAAAAGGUCUUUCAUAUUUGCAUCAUGAUUGUUCACCUCGAAUAAUACAUCGUGACAUCAAGUCAAGCAACAUAUUGCUUGAUGGUAACUUGGAAUCUCGGGUAUCUGAUUUUGGGCUUGCAAAACUAUUGGAGGAUGAAGAGUCACAUAUAACCACAAUAGUUGCUGGAACCUUUGGUUAUCUUGCUCCAGAAUAUAUGCAGAGUGGUCGAGCUACAGAAAAAACUGAUGUGUACAGCUUUGGUGUCCUGGUGCUUGAAGUUUUGAGUGGAAAACGACCAACUGAUUCAUCAUUUAUAGAGAAAGGUUUAAAUAUAGUUGGAUGGCUGAAUUUCCUGAAGGUGGAGAACCGUCAAAGAGAAAUCAUUGACCCCUUGUGUGAGGGGGUGCAGAUUGGAAGCCUAGAUGCUUUACUUUCAGUUGCUAUCCAAUGUGUGUCAUCGUCUCCUGAGGAUAGGCCCACGAUGCAUAGAGUGGUGAAACUGUUGGAGUCGGAGGUGAUGACACCAUGCCCAAGUGAUUUCUACGACUCGAACUCUGAUUGAGCUGCAUUGUCUGUGCUGUUCAUUAACUCGUGUUCAUGUGAAAAUCAAUCCGAGGCACUUCAGUCAUUAAUGCAUUUUCAUAACAUGUUCAUUCUUUUGUGGUGUAUGUAAAAUGAUUGUCCAUCCCUUUUUUCUCUUUUUCAGCAAAGAUUCCUGUUCUUGUCAGAAAAGGAUUUGUCGGCAAACAUCUGUAUCUUAAUAAUUCAGGUGGAACAUAUGUGUAAUAGGAAAUAUGACUAGUUCAUUUGUGAAUGCAGUUUGUCACCGUGGUUUGUCACCAA